CCUUCUGUGACUGGAGGAACACCGGGUCGAUCACCCCCACAGCAGAUGGAUCACAUCGCACGUUGCUAGUUAGUUGCUAUUUUGUAGCUAUUAGCACGGUAGCCAUUCCUUUGCUGGGGAGGGAGACUCGCCGUUUAAAGUUAGACACAAAAAUUACGCCUUUCAUUUUCAUCUGUGUAUACCAAAACAGCAAAUUUGAGCUCCUGUACAACGGAUAUCGCCGAGCAAACUUAGAGCGUGUCUUUUCCAUUCGCCGUUAGCUUAGCCAGCUAGCUCGCAGCGUUAGUGCUACCCGAGUGAGGAGCGUCACCCGGCCGGCUGGAGGACCAUGGCGAUGAGACAAACCCCACUCACCUGCUCUGGUCACACCCGGCCUGUGGUGGACUUGGCCUUUAGUGGAAUCACCCCCUAUGGCUACUUCCUCAUUAGCGCCUGCAAAGAUGGCAAGCCCAUGUUGCGCCAGGGAGACACAGGAGACUGGAUUGGAACGUUUCUGGGUCACAAAGGCGCUGUCUGGGGAGCCACUCUGAACACAGACGCCACCAAAGCAGCCACUGCCGCAGCCGAUUUCUCUGCAAAAGUGUGGGAUGCAGUGAGUGGCGAUGAAGUCCUCACACUGGCACACAAACACAUUGUCAAGAGUGUCACCUUUACUCAGGACAGCACCUGCCUGUUGACUGGAGGCAACGACAAGCUUCUGCGGAUUUAUGACCUCAGUAGCCCUGAUGCAGCACCACAGGAGAUUGCCGGUCAUACUUCAGCCAUCAAAAAGUCCUUGUGGUCUAACAACGACAAACAGAUCAUCUCGGCUGCAGAUGAUAAAUCCAUACGACUCUGGGACAGGACCUCCAUGGAGGUGGUGAAGACGCUGGCCUUUGAUGCGUCCGUGAGUAGCAUGGAGUACAUGGCUGACGGGGAGAUCCUUGUUAUCACGUACGGCAAGACCAUCGCAUUCUACAAUGCUCUCAGCCUGGACCUGAUCAAGGCAGUGGAGGCUCCAGCUCCCAUCAACUCGGCGUCCCUCCAUCCAGAUAAGGACUUUUUUGUUGCUGGUGGCGAAGACUUCAAGCUCUAUAAAUUUGACUACAGCACCAAGGAAGAGCUGGAAUCCUACAAAGGUCACUUUGGUCCUGUGCACACUGUUCGCUUCAGCCCCGAUGGCGAGCUGUACGCCAGCGGCUCUGAGGACGGCACUCUUCGUCUGUGGCAGACCGCAGUGGGGAAAACCUAUGGCCUCUGGAAAUGCGUUCUUCCUGAGGACCUCGGAGCAGAGAACACUGAGCAGAUUUAUACCACGCCCCCUGAGAUAAAAGUCUAAAAAGAUGAAAAAUUAUUUGGAAAAUGCACACAGAGGUUGCAAAAAAACAAACAAAAAAAACAGAACGGUGGUCCAGGGUUGUGGGUUCAGGCCCCAGCAAGGAGCGGAGUCCAGAGCAUCUCCAUCUAUCAGGAACUGAUGUGGAUAUUAUGGCUGACUUGUCGGUCACAGACAUGUGUGCACACACACGGUUUAUGCAGGCAUGUGGACAAGGAGGACGACAGAGUAAAGCAGUAGAGCUUAUUGAUUGUUUUGUUCAUGGCUGCCUGCUUUCUCUCUGAUAAGCCGAGUUGUGUAUGUCUCCUUAAACAUUUGUCCUUUUAGUUGAUAUCAUAUUUCAGUAUUUCAUAACCAGCUAAAGACCUUUUUUGUUCUCAGUUCAUGGUCACAAUAUUGCUAACUUUGUGAGGAACUUUUGGCUUUAAGAGUUUGCAGUAGCUGCUCGCCUUAAGAGAAAAAAAAAGUUAAUUGUACAAGUAAAAGAAUGUUUUGUGACAAAAGUGGAAAGGGAAAGAAACAAAAUGUCACUUUUUCUUUGGGUUUGUUUAUGAUCCAUUGGUUAAAUAAAGAAAUACGUUUUAUUUCAAGGUAA